AUGGCUAAUUUAGGGUUUGGAAUUCCGAUGAAGUUUCCCGGCGAGGAAGAGAGAAAAGGACUGGCUGUUAAUUCUAGAGAGAGAAAACAAAUGAUUUUUACAGUGGCAGUAACAACAGUAACACACAAACUUACCGCGGUAGUUACUAUCCACUUUUCAACGCGAAAUUACGAAUUUGCCCCUGAGAGAAACUUCAGCAACUCAAGACCAACAAUCAUCCCUUUCGACGAUUUUUUGAGUCUGAGGUUGUGGAAGUUUUUUCGAUCGUCACAUUCAUCAGGCAGAAGGAGUAAGACGGAGCAAGGUUUGGUGGAUUCGAUUUUGAGAAGCACUGGAAACCCUUUCAAUAGCACUGUUCUUCCACCACCUCCAGCAGGAUCCCCAACUUUAGCGCCAGCAACAAAUGCAUCUUUACUUGGACAACCUUCUUCUCAACAAACACGCAAGCAGCCAGAGGAUAGCCCAUCAGCUCCCGGAACAUCAAGUUCCUCAAAUUCAACAAAGUACAUAAAGCCAAUAGUUAGUGUUGCUAUUUUUGUGUUGCUUCUUUUAGCUAUUGUGCUUGGAGUUUGGUUUGGUGUUGCAAAAUGGUGCAAGCGAAGGCAAACAGGUGAUGAAUUUACCAAGGGGAAUGUAAAACCUGUAUAUGAAGGCAAAGGAGAAAAACCUAAAUAUAAUGAGUCUUUACCUCAAAAACAUAAUCAAGCUUCUAAAGCAUUCCAGGAGAUACCUUUUAAGACCCCAAACGUGAGGGAUGUAGACCAAAAUCAUGUACUAAUGUCGAAUAUAAUACGGGUUUUGAGGAAUCGAAUGCUAUAUAACGUAUCUUACACAUUAUAAUAAGUUUAGUUUGACAUAGAAUUAAAGAAAUGAGUAUGCCUUACAACCUUAAAGUUGGAGCUUUAGACCAAUCCCUUUAAGACCAUGGUAGAGAGUCCUUAAUCCCCAUGACUAAUAAAGUGUGUAGCCCAAGGUUAGUAGGCAAUAUAUUAUAUCUCGCUACUCACUAGGUAGAGCCUGGUUCAUACAAUCAUGAAAAUGUUUUCGUUGCCGAUCAUGGAGGGGGUGCUGGAAACAAUAGGGCAAGUGGAUACCACUAGGGGAAGAAUGUUGAAGAGGACAUCAUGGACAUGAUCGAUAGAGAAGCAGAUGGAAGUGAUAGUCUUGAAGGAUUUGUUUUAUGCCAUUCGAUUGCUGGAGGAACAGGGUCAGGUUUGAUAUAUUCUAAUUGUGCACCUGUAGAAUAUGUUGCUUUCUUCUGCCUGCUGGAUUGUUGAUAUAGAAGUGGGGAUGUUGUAUAUAUUUUUCUGGGUUCCUUUGAAGCUUUAAAUAUGUAUAAUUUUGAAUGGGAAAAGAAUAAGCUCAUUAAGGUUUAAGGAAAUGGAGUAUUGAGCAUUGAUGUGCCUUAAAGUUGCAUGAAGUAUUGCUGGAAUUAGAUUUAUGCUGUGCAUGGCAUUCUGUGACCUAAACUCAUUUGCACCUUUUGGUUCGUAUCUGCUGGAAACCCUGAAUGACCGCUACAGCAAAAACUUUGCAUAGAUAAAUCUGGGAGAGAGUUUUGCUGGUUAGAUGUCCCCAGCAAUGGUCACAUUGUAAACACUAAUAUUUUUUUCAUCCUUGUUAGAAUUCAAGAGGUAAUCUUGGGUUCUUUGUGUGCAAAUGUGAUGAGGUUUUUCAAGGUCUUUUUUUCCAUUCGUGUUAUGGUAGUGUGUGGGAUUGCUGUGUGGUGCUUGUGAGUUAGUUUUUGUGGUGUGAUCGUUCUUGUGUUCUUCUUGAGUAUCAUUGUUCUGUGCUUGUUGCUGCUGCAAGGGUUGUUUGUUUUGUUUGGGGCUGCUGUGCUUCCUUCCUAAAUUGAGUACUCGUGUGUGUGUUCUUGAUAUAUGGAUAACUAAUUCAAUGGCUCUUACAUAGAAACUUGCUACUAAGGUAUCUCUUCAUUCCCAUGGUUUACUUUAUUUAGUUCAUUUUAAAAUUGAGAAUUUCUCAAUUCAAUUUGAUAAGAAAUUGGGGGCUUCUGAUUUAGUUGUGUUCGUUGAAAUUGAGGGGUUUUCUCGAAUCAAUUCAAAUUGUUUUAAAAUUGUAGUUUUUAGGUUUAAAUCAUUUAGUUCAUUAUUUUGGGGUAGUUUCAAUGCAAUUUGGUAAAAAAAAUUAAAAAAAAAUAGGGAUUUGAUUUCUCUACAUUCUAAAGUUAAGGCUUUAUUUAUUUAUUUGAUUAAGAUUGUUAAAUAUCUAAGUGAUUAUUUUCUUAAUGAAGGCUGCUAGAAAAUUAGCUCUGACUAGCGGAGGAGUCAAGAACCCUCGCGUUACCAUCUUGGAACUGUUGCGCUCCGGUUAAUACUCUAAGGUAGAAACUGCAACUCAUUGCAUCAAGCAUAUAGCAAUGACAAUUAUGACUUCAAAUGCAACAGAUCGCUUUUCUUUAUCUUGUCGUUCAGGCAAAACAAAAUGUGAGCUUCAGAAGAUAUAUAGUACAGAGUAAUAAUAUUGAGCUUCGUAGCUUUUUGGCUUGUUAUUUUACACAUUUUUAGAUCCAUUUUUUAUGUUGAGAAUUUUCUUAGUAGGCCCGACAUUCUAUAUUCUUUGUAAAUUAUCAUCUGAUCGUGUGAUAUAGCUUGAUUUGAUUCUUGUCAAACUAGGCGAGUUAAUAUGUUCUUUUGGAUACAUGUAUAAUCUAAGAAUGUGAUCAAUUUGUUUUGUUCCGGAUAAUUUGGAAUGGAAGUUGUUGCAUGUUAUAUUGUUA